CUUUGCCCUUUCUCACGAUAUAAACUCUUUCCACAAAUGUCACUCUCUUCACUUCUCAUUUUCUUGCCCCCCACUUAAAAUCCUCCUCUCUUCUUCCUUUUCUUGGACCAAAAAUCAGUGGACAUUAUACUUCUCUCUUUUACUCACUAAUUUCAGCUCUUUAUCAAGAUUUCUAUCCAAAGAUAUUGUUACAGAGAAAUUCCUUUUUUUGUCACUAGCCACAAUAUUCUUCGCAGUCUUAUUCGUAACUAUAUAUGCAUAAUGUUGCAGUGUCGUUUUUAGUAUAUAUCCUUUAUUUGCUUUACUAUUCUAAAUUCUUUUCAUCUUUAACCUUUGACCAUGCUAGAUUAGGUCAACUACAUAUAUGACCCUAUAGUACUCUCACUGACCAAUAAAUUUUUCAGUCAUAAUAGUAGAGAAGCUGAACCAGUUCACCUCAAUAAACGGGGGUUUUCUGACUCUUGCAUAAUAAGAUUUUACAAAAAUAACCAUAAGAUCUGAUAAAGUUGUUGCUUAGGAUAUAUCAGUUUUCUUGAUUGUUAGAGCUUGACUCAUCAUAAGAUAGAAAGAACAUUUCUCGGUUAUUUAAUAUACUAUAUUUCCCAUGGCCGAUUUUGUGAGAGCAAAAGUCAAUGUAACUUCAAGAAACAUUAUUCCCAGCAAAAGUAGUGAUCUCUCAAACACUACUGUUAUCCCCUUGUCAGCUCCACCAUUAAGCCGAUACGAGAACCAGAAACGUCGAGAUUGGAACACUUUCUGUCAAUACUUAAGAAACCACUAUCCGCCAUUGUCGUUUUCUCUUUGCAGCAGUGGUCACGUCCUGGAAUUUCUUAGGUACUUGGAUCAGUUCGGAAAGACCAAAGUUCAUAACCAAAAUUGCCCAUUUUUUGGGGUGCUGAAUCCUCCAUUGCCAUGUACUUGUCCUUUAAGGCAAGCUUGGGGAAGUCUUGAUUCUCUUAUUGGGCGUCUUCGAGCUGCUUACGAAGAAAAUGGAGGAAAUUCAGAAAUGAAUCCGUUUGGGACUCGAGCAGUUAAGCUUUUCUUACGUGAUGUUCGUUGUUUUCAGUCUAAGUCUAGAGGUAUUAGCUAUGAGAAGAAAAGGAAAAGAUCAAGAAAUCAGAAGAUAGUAGAAGUGGCAGAAGGUCAUCAAUCAUAUGGUGCAGGAGCAACUAUUUGUGAACAGACUAAUAAUACUGUUGCUGAGUAAUUUGCCUAGAGUUUGAUUAAUUUCCAUAACAUAAGAAAAUGAUGGUAGGACAAUGCAAAAUUCUAAUAAGUGUUAUCGUGUUUGUUCUGAUUUUGUUAGCAUGUUUGGUAUUCCUAUACGUUGAAAGAAGGGCAACAUAUUUACCAUAAUUGUUUUUUCGCCUUUUACGGAAAAAAAAUAUAAUGCUUCCCUAUUUGGCUAGUCUCUUUUUCAUGGAGGAAAAUGUUUGAACUUUUAUAAAUUGAGGAUCUUUCAUUCUCAUUCGGUAGCAUCCACAAUGUAGUCAUAAGGGGUUGAGAGUCUUCUUUAGGGGAAGAACUUUAUGGGACAAAUGUUAGUGUGUUACUUGUGUUUGACUUUUCGUGAGGUUGUUCACUCGAUAUUUUGUAUUCUCUUU